GUUGGAGCAGUUGAAGAAAGAAUGUCUUUCUCCAUUCUCAUAAUAAAUUUUUAAUCACUGUCCUCCAUCUUUCUUUUUAGAUGAUGAUGAUAAUAAGGCCUGUUUCCUUCAAAUUUCAAGUACACCAACACCAUCCACUAGCAAUAGCUAUAUUCCCAGAACAUUACACUUGCCACUCUUUUGUAUUCCAAGAAAACAAAAAUGAAAGAUUCAUCAAAGCAAUGGAAACCAUUCACAGCUAAUUGCUGUUCGGCUGAAGACCAAACAAUCUUGGGCAAUUUUAGUAGAUGUAAGCCUUCUAAAUCAGAUUUCUCCAAGAAUCUAGCUCCAUUACCAUCAUUUAGACGACUCUCUUUCUCUGAUCUAAGCCGAUCCUCUUCUCUUCGUAUUAAUGAAGACAUUGCACAGUCUUUGGGGCCUGACUUGUUCGAUUUUCAACUGAGUGAGUUAAAAGCUAUAACUCAGAAUUUCUCGAGCAAUUAUUUGCUCGGUGAAGGUGGGUUUGGGACGGUUCACAAGGGUUACAUUGAUGAAAAUUUGAGGCAAGGUUUGAAGGCUCAAGCUGUUGCUGUUAAGCUUCUUGACAUUGAAGGAUUGCAAGGACACCGAGAGUGGUUGGCAGAAGUAAUAUUCUUGGGGCAGCUUAGGCACCCAAAUCUGGUAAAAUUGAUUGGCUAUUGUUGCGAGGAUGAAGAACGACUUCUUGUCUAUGAGUUCAUGCCUAGAGGCAGUUUAGAAAAUCACUUGUUCAAAAGAGGAGUUUCGGUGUCAUUACCAUGGGGGACAAGGUUAAAGAUAGCAAUAGGAGCAGCAAAAGGGGUAGCCUUCUUGCACGGUGCUGAAAAUCCUGUAAUAUAUCGUGAUUUCAAGACUUCCAAUGUGUUGCUUGACUCUGAUUUUACAGCUAAAUUAUCAGAUUUUGGACUCGCAAAGAUGGGACCUGAAGGAUCAGAUACACAUGUUACUACCCGGGUUAUGGGUACUUAUGGAUAUGCUGCCCCAGAAUAUGUCUCAACAGGGCAUUUAACAACGAAAAGUGACGUUUAUAGCUUCGGAGUAGUGUUACUAGAGCUACUGACUGGAAGGAGAGCAAUGGACAAGUGUAGACCAAAGAGUGAGCAAAACCUAAUUGAUUGGGCAAAACCAUACUUGACCAGUAGCCGGAGACUGCGAUACAUUAUGGAUCCAAGGCUUGCUGGCCAGUACUCCGUCAAGGGAGCAAAGCAAGUCGCCCUUCUAGCACUGCAGUGCAUAAGUAUGAACCCUAAAGACAGGCCAAAAAUGCCCGCCAUUGUAGAGACACUUGAAGCUCUUCAAACGUACAAGGACAUGGCUGUUUCAUGUGGGCAAUGGCCUCCAUCACCUAAAUCUAAGAGAAAUAUUGGAGUUUCAAACCAAUCUAGAUCACUUGAAAGCAGAAGUUCAAGUUAUAAGAAAUCCUCUCCUGUUACUCAAAGCAAGAAAGUAUAAAACUACAUAUAAUUAUAUAUAUAUAUAUAUAUUCUCUGGCGCAAUAAGAGUGUAAGAAAUAUAUGUAUUACAUUAGAGCAAAACCAAGAUGUAUGCUUGUAAAUCAUGUGAAUGAUUCUGUAUAUGGUAUAUAAGUAUAAACCUUAAUUUGAGUGUUAAAUAAAGUCUAAUACAGAUUUU